GGUCACCAGGCUUCAGGCUUUGCUGUGAAGAGGAGCCAGCGGUUUUGUGCUGUGGUGCAGUUGCAGCUGCAGGGAUCUGAGCUGAGAGCUUCAGUGAUCAGAGAAACUACAACAUGAUGUACAGUCUGAGAGAAAAGCUUUGAGAAAUCCUUGAUGUGCUCUAAUAGAAAUCCCUAGUCUCUGGAUGGAGAAAAUGGAAAUUUCUUCCUUAUUUAUCCAAGGAUUUGGUAACCACACCUCAGAUUCGACUUCUCAUUACCUGGCCUUGAGGGUCAGGAAUAACCACACUUCAGAACAGUGGCAUCCUGACUCAAUGGAUUACCCAGAGUUAUGUUUUCUCAACACUGCCACCUGCCUACAUAGUUUUGUUGUUUUUUUAAUGAAUAUGGGAUAUGUAUAAUCCUGAAAACAACAAAAUAAUUCAGAGAAGAUGAUGGAUAUUAAAGAAACUCCACAAGGGCUCUUGCCUCAACUGCGGACAGUAUGGUGUCCAAACUGACCAAGCAGCACACAAAAGAGAGAGAGUGCCAAAACUUCCUGAGACAAGAUGCGACAGUCCUUCAAAAACACUCCCUCAGAGAAAAGUCUGCGAGACAAAAAAUGAAAAAUGUGGUGAUAUUUUGAUUGUACUUCUUGAAGGCCUGUAUUCAGAGUUCUUUGGUUGCUGGUCCAAGCCAUACCACAGGCUAAAUCCUUUCUAUAAAAAGCUGAAUGUAGAGCAUUAGGAGGUCAUGUUGGACAUGCAGAACUUGGAGAAUGAGAAUACCUAGGCUUCAGAAAGGGUCAGUGAGCUGGCCCAAGAGACAGGCUUCUACUGGAUUCACUGACGUAUGAUGAUGUGCACAUCAGCUUCACUCAGGAAGAAUGGCAUUUGCUGGAUGCUUCCCAGAAAAGACUCUACAAGGAUGUGAUGCUGGAAACCUACAGGAAUCUCACUGCCAUAGGCUACAGUUGGAAAGACCAUGACAUAGAAGAACAUUGUCAAAGUUUUAGAAGAAAUAGAAGACAUCUUCAAAGGCAUGGAACAAUUCAUACAGGAAAGAAACCAUAUGAAAGUCUGCAAUAUGGUGAAGUCUUUGCAUGCCACAUUUGUCUCCGAGUCCAUAAAAGAAAAAAUACUGUACGGAAACCACAUGAAUGUAAUCAAUGUGGUAAAGCUUUUUCACAAUACUAUAAACUCCAAAUACAUAAAAGAACGCAUACAGGAGAGAAACCCUAUGAAUGUGAUCAAUGUGGUAAAGCUUUUUCACAAUGCUGCAAUCUCUUAAAUCAUAAAAGAACACAUAUAGGAGUGAGGCCCUAUGUAUGUAAUCAAUGUGGUAAAGAUUAUUCUCAACAGGGCAGUCUUGUAAGACACAAAAGAACACAUACUGGAGAGAGACGUGAUCAAUGUGGUAAAGCUUUUUCACAAUACUGUAAACUCCAAAUACAUAAAAGAAUACAUACAGGAGAGAAACCCUAUGAAUGUGAUCAAUGUGGUAAAGCUUUUUCACAAUACUGUAAACUCCAAAUACAUAAAAGAAUACAUACAGGAGAGAAACCCUAUGAAUGUGAUCAAUGUGGUAAGGCUUUUUCACAAUAUGGUAAACUCCAAAUACAUAAAAGAAUACAUACAGGAGAGAAACCCUAUGAAUGUGAUCAAUGUGGUAAAACUUUUUCACAAUGGGGCAAUCUCUUAAAUCAUAAAAGAACACAUAUAGGAUUAAGGCCCUAUGUAUGUAAUCAAUGUGGUAAAGAUUAUUCUCAACAGGGCAGUCUUGUAAGACACAAAAGAACACAUACUGGAGAGAGACCAUAUCAAUGUGAUCAAUGUGAUAAAGCUUUUUCACAAUACUAUAAACUCCAAUUACAUAAAAGAAUGCAUACCGGAGAGAAACCCUAUGAAUGUAAUCAAUGUGGUAAAGCUUUUUCACAAUACUGUAAACUCCAAUUACAUAAAAGAAUCCAUACAGGAGAGAAACCCUAUGAAUGUGAUCAAUGUGGUAAGGCUUUUUCACAAUAUGGUAAACUCCAAAUACAUAAAAGAAUACAUACAGGAGAGAAACCCUAUGAAUGUGAUCAAUGUGGUAAAGCUUUUUCACAAUGCUGCAAUCUCUUAAAUCAUAAAAGAACACAUAUAGGAGUGAGGCCCUAUGUAUGUAAUCAAUGUGGUAAAGAUUUUACUCAACAAGGCAGUCUUGUAAGACACAAAAGAACACAUACUGGAGAGAGACCAUAUCAAUGUGAUCAAUGUGAUAAAGCCUUUUCACGUGUCAGUACUCUGCAAGCACAUCAAAGAACACAUAGUGGAGAGAAACCCUAUAAAUGUAAUCAAUGUGGUAAAGCCUUUACACAGGUCAGUGGUCUCCAUUAUCACAAUAGAACACAUACUGGAAUGAAUCGCUAUGUAUGUAAUCAAUGUGGUAAAUCCUUUGCUCAUCAUGGUAGUCUAUUUCGUCAUAAAAGAACACAUACUUGAGAGAGGCCCUGUGAAUGCAACCAACAUGGUAUGUAUCAUUAUUCUUUAAAAACAUGAAAAACAUCACACUGCAGAAAAACCCUGAAAGUGUAAGCAGUGUGGUAAAGCUGUGCACUUUUUAUAUCACAAUAAUCUUUGAGGACCUCAGAAAUUUCAUGCUAAAGGGAAUCUUACUAUAAAAGAUUUGGUAAGAUCUUCAUCUAACAUACAUUUUGUUACUAGAUUCUGGAGAGAAAAAAUCUGACAAGUGUCAACAAUCUGUUCAAGCAUUAUGGUGUCUCUAUUAGGUUUGCACCUGCAAACUCAUAUGUACAAAAAUCCUAUAAAUUCAUUGAUAAGAUUACUCUUUUUGUUUUCACACUAUUCUUUAAUUGCAUACAAAACCUCAUUCACAUCACUGGAUAUCUCUGAAUUCAAUCCUAAAUGUUUGCUUUCUGUUACAUGAACCAAUUCAUGAUGAAGGGAAACUGUUAAUAAUACUUUUUAAAUGCCUCAACACCUGGGUUAUAGGCAUGAGUGGUUACAAGAUAAUAUUCAAGUUUGAAAAAUCUAUUUGGUUAGAGAUUUGACUGAAGUUUAAUUAGGAGAUGUCAGUGUGUGGGUUUGUGACUGUUCAUGCAUGAUCCCAAGAAGGUUAGACCAUUAAGAUUUUCUGUAGCAGAAACUGCAGAAUAUUCUCAAAAAAACUGACACAGCUCUUGGCGAUGAACUUGUCAUUAUUUUGCUCAUCCAUAUUUCUAACUGUGUUCAUAUGUUAAACCCUUUUUGUAGCAUCUUUUUAUCAGGUAAUGGGGAAAAAGUCAUGGAAGAGAAAUCCCUAUUCAUGUAACCAAUUUGGUAGAGAGUUUAGGUUUCACACUUGAGUUUAUUUGCAAUAAAAUAUUUUUCAUGUGAA